GCGCUCAGUGUUUCUCACACACACCGGAGCAAACGCUGAUGAACAUGGCCACUACUGACCCAGAGCUGUAUCCGAGGAAGAUCCUGGAGUACAUGGAGGGAUUCCUGGUGUCGAAGACGCUGUUCUCUGCCUGUGAGCUGGGAGUGUUUGAGCUUCUGAACGAGUCUGCGAUGUCUGUGUCUCAGCUGUGUGAGGCUCUGAACACCAGUGAGGACGGCACUGAACGCUUGCUGUCUGCGUGUGUCGGCCUGGAGCUUCUCAACGCACACACACACCCUGACGGACCAGUUCUCUACAGUAACACAGAAAUGUCCCGCGUGUUUCUGACCAAGUCCAGCCCGAAGUCUCUGUAUCACUCGAUUGAGUACAGCUCCAGAACCAUCUACCUGUGCUGGCAUUACCUGACCGACGCCGUGCGAGACGGGAAGAACCAGUAUGAGAAAGCUUUUGGGACGAACUCCAAAGACCUGUUUGAAGCCCUGUACAGGUCUGAGGAGGAGAUGGUGAAGUUCAUGCAGCUCAUGAACUCAAUCUGGAACAUCUGCGGUCGUGAUGUCAUCACCGCGUUCGAUCUGUCCCCGUUCAGACGCAUCUGUGAUCUCGGAGGCUGCAGUGGCGCUCUGGCCAAACAGUGUGUGUCCGCAUAUCAAUCUACCGUCACCAUCUUCGACCUUCAGGUCGUGCGAACAUCCCAGCAGCACUUUAUGGCGGAUCAGGACCAGCGGAUCUCCUUCUGUGAAGGCGACUUCUUCAAGGACGCUCUCCCGCCGGCCGAUCUCUAUAUUCUGGCCCGGAUUCUGCAUGACUGGACCGACCAGAGGAGUGUGGAGCUGCUGGUCAAGAUACACCAGUCCUGUAGAGCAGGUGGAGGUGUGUUGGUGGUGGAAGCUCUUCUUCAUGAAGAUAACAGCGGCCCGCUGACGGCUCAGCUUUACUCGCUCAACAUGCUGGUUCAGACGGAGGGUCGCGAGCGCAAGGGUUCGGAUUACAGACGCUUGCUCACCGAUGCCGGAUUCUCCCGAGUCCAGAUCCACAACACCGGCAAGAUCUACGACGCCGUCCUGGCCUGCAAAUAAACCACUGUCCCAGUACUAAUAUCCAGAUUCUG